AUGGGAGAGGUUUCACCAAAACAUAAGGAGUACGUGGGCGUCGAUAUACCGCCGGCGGCGGUGGUUCUGCAGAGAGUGGCGACACAAGUGGUCGGGUGCAAGAGAGAAAUAGACGACGGCAUCUACCACCCCGUCCUCGUCUCCCUCGGCCCCUACCAUCACGGCCACCCCCGCCUCAAGAAACUCGAGCAUCUCAAAUCCGAGAUCCUCCCCCUGCUCCUCUCAGACACCCAAAGCAGCGUCCUUCUCAGGGACAUCAGAAACCUCUCACGCGAAAUCAGAGCCUUCUACGAAGAUAUAAACCACUUGAGCGACGAAGCAUUGUCUAAAAUGAUGCUCCUCGACGCCUGCUUCCUCAUCUACUGCAUCCAGAAGAUGGCCGCGCACUACGACCACGACGACGUCCUCAAUCGCCUCGGAAUGUCCAGACUCGCAGUUAUAGUCCGCGACUUCUUCAUGUGGGAGAAUCAGCUCCCCUUUUUCUUACUCAAAAUCAUCAUCCCCUUCACAUGUGAGGGCAUUGAUGAUAAAUCAGUCGACGCCUUUUUCUGCCGUCUCGUAAGCUCCAUGAUAAACUGUGGGGACUCCUGCACCCAAAACCUGCCGCAAGUUCCUGAGGGGAAACAAGUUAGGCACCUUCUCGACGCGUGCCGUGCAGCACUCGUCCAGGAGAAGGAGACGACGGAAGCUGAAACCGUGAAGGCGGUGAACAGCCAGUUCCGAUCGGUUACAGAUCUGAAAGCGAAGGGGAUCCAUUUCCGGCCGACCAAAUCAAAAUCCUACUGCUUGACAGACAUCGAAUUCAGAUCGCACUCAUUCUACGGGAUGCUUCGGCUUCCAAUUUUGCUGGUGGACAACAAGACGAACGUGAUCCUGUCGAACAUAAUCGCGAUGGAAAUGUCGGCGGGGAGCGGGACGGAUUUCGCGGUGACGUCGUACGUGAAAUUCAUGAAGGCGCUGAUAAUGAAGGCGGAGGACGUGAAGGAGCUGCGGGAGAAGGGGAUAGUGGUGAGCUGCGUGGCUAACGACGAGGAGGUGGUGAAGAUGUUCAGUGCGUUGAAUACGGAUGGGUCGUGCAGGAAAGAUGUGUUCAGAGGGGUGAGGGAGAGAAUCAACGAGCACUGCAGAAGCAAAACCAAGACCUUCAAGGCAGAGCUUCUUCAUACUUAUUUUCGUAGUCCGUGGACGGCCAUAGCUCUCUUCGCCGCCAUCUUAAUAUUGUGCGUCAAUUGCCUCAAUUUUCUCCUCAAUUAUUACAAAUUCACCCUCUCAACUCUCAAACCGGCUUGA